GAUUAACGGCCGUGCGGGAAUUCCGCCAUCCGGUCCUUUUUUAGCCCGGCGCUAAGCGGACAGGCCCCGCCUCUCUUCAUUUGUCAACAAAGGGGCCUGACAAGCCGGGAGAAGCCCCGCCCCCAUUAUUCCAUAAAAGGAUCGUCUGACCAUAUACGGCCAGCCACCGGGCCGUGGUGACUCUUCCCUUCCCCAUCCCGUUCAUAUGCUGCGUUGACUUCCUCCGUCGCCGUUAAAGCGGAGCUAUCAUGGCGGAGCGCGUACAGCAGCCCCCAGCCAAGCGGCUCUGCUGUAGACCGGGAUACAAUGCGGCGUGCAGGCAAGGCCAGCGGGCCGCGGGGGCGCCGUGUGGCGGCUCCGGAGCCACCCAGGGCGGCUCGAGCAAGACCCAGAACCCGGAGACCCUGCUGGACAUCGCGGCGCGGAAAGUCGCGGAGAAGUGGCCGUUUCAAAGGGUCGAGGAGCGCUUCGAGCGGAUCCCGGAGCCCGUGCAGAGACGGAUCGUUUACUGGUCUUUCCCGAGGAGCGAGCGGGAGAUCUGCAUGUACUCGUCGUUCAACACCGGCGGCGAGGAGAUCGGAAGUAGCGGCAGCGGGGAGAGCGGCGACGAAACGCGGCUGCCUUUCCGACGCGGCAUCGCUCUGCUGGAGAGCGGCUGCGUGGACAACGUGCUGCAAGUCGGUUUCCACCUCAGCGGCACCGUCAGGGAGCCGGCCACGCCCUCGGAGCCGGAGCUGGUCUGCAACGUGAGCGUCAGCUUCGACCGCUGCAAGAUCACCGCCGUGACGUGCAGCUGCGGCAACAAGGACAUCUUCUACUGCGCCCACGUGGUGGCGCUCUCGCUCUACAGAGUACGGAAGCCCGAGCAGGUCAAGCUGCGCCUGCCCAUCUCAGAGACGCUUUUCCAGAUGAACAGAGAUCAGCUGCAGAAGUUCGUCCAGUACCUGAUCACGGUGCACCACACCGAGGUGCUGCCCACCGCCCAGAAACUGGCUGACGAGAUCCUGUCGCAGAACUCAGAGAUCAACCAGGUUCAUGGAGCUCCAGAUCCGACGGCGGGCGCCAGCGUGGACGAUGAGAACUGCUGGCAUCUGGACGAGGAGCAGGUUCAGGAGCAGGUCAAGCUCUUCCUGUCCCAGGGAGGCUACCACGGCUCGGGGAAGCAGCUCAACUUACUGUUCAGCAAGGUGAGGGAGAUGCUGAAGAUGAGGGACUCCAACGGGGCGCGCAUGCUAACGCUGAUCACAGAGCAGUUCAUGGGCGACCCCCGGCUGGCGCUGUGGAGGCAGCAGGGGACCACCAUGACGGACAAGUACAGACAGCUGUGGGACGAGCUAGGAGCCCUGUGGAUGUGCAUCGUGCUGAACCCUCACUACAAACCGGAGCAGAAAGGUUUCUGGCUCCGGCAGCUUCGCAGGUGGAACAGCGUGGACGUCUGUCCCUUAGAGGACGGAAACCACGGCAACGAGCUGACCAACCUGACCAACGCUCUGCCCCAAGGGCCGCCAGGAAACCCAGAUUCUCUCAGUCGGCCUCACCGGACCGUGUUCACGCGGGCCAUCGAGGCCUGCGACCUGCACUGGCAGGACCCCCACCUGCAGCACAUCAUCACCGAGGACCACUACACCAACUACUGUUACCACGACAACCUCGACAGCUCGCUCUUCGACACCCGAGGGUGGCCGCUGUGGCACGAACACGUCCCGACGGCGUGCGCCCGAGUGGACGCGCUGAGGUCACACGGUUACCCCAAAGAAGCACUGCGGCUCGCCAUCGCCAUCGUCAACACGCUGCGGAGGCAACAACAGAAACAGCUGGAGUUCUUCCGCUCUCACAAAAAAGAGCUGCUUCAUAAAGGAAUAACAUCAGUCACCAACCUGGAGGGCUGGGUGGGCCACCCACUGGACCCCAUCGGCACCCUGUUCAGCACCCUGAUGGAGACGGGGCGGGGCCUGGAGGAGGGGGCCGCCCUGCAGGACUGCUCAGGUUCACAGGGUUCAGGAGGCAGGAGGGCGGAGCUUCCCGUGUUCCCGCCGCAGCGUUUCCUGGAGGACGGCGAGUCGUUCGUGUCUCUGGCGGUGGAGACGGCUCUGAUUGGUUUAGGGCAGCAGAGGGUGAUGCCGGACGGCCUUUACGCUCAGGAGAAGGUGUGUCGCAACGAAGAGCAGCUGUUGGCCAAACUUCAGGAGGUCGACUUAGACGACACGCUGGUCAAGAUCUUCCGGAAACAAGCCGCUGUCCUGCUAGAGGCUGGUCCUUACAGUGGUCUGGGGGAGAUACUCUACAGAGAAAGCGUCCCCAUGCACACUUUUGCCAAGUAUCUCUUCACCUCCCUGCUACCUCAUGACGCUGAACUGGCGUACAAAAUUGCACUGAGGGCCAUGCGGUUGCCGGUCCUGGAGUCCACGGCUCCUUCCUCCGACUUGUCUCGACCUCACCACAUCGUGUCCGUGGUGCCGAACCGCCUCCCCCGCUGGUUCACGCUCAGCCACAUAGAGACCCAACAGUGUGAACUGGCCUCCACCAUGCUCACUGCUGCUAAAGGCGAUGCUCGUAAGCUGGAAACAGUGUUAGAGUCCAUCCAGAAGAACAUCCACUCCUCGUCCCACAUCUUCAAACUGGCCCAGGAUGCCUUCAAAAUCGCCACUCUCAUGGACAGCCUGCCGGACAUCACGCUGCUCAAAGUGUCCCUGGAGCUGGGUCUUCAGGUGAUGAGAAUGACGCUGUCGACCUUGAACUGGCGGAGGAGAGAGAUGGUGAGGUGGCUGGUCACUUGUGCUACUGAAGCUGGUGUGUUUGCACUGGACAGCAUCAUGCAGAGCUGGUUCACGCUCUUCACGCCCACCGAAGCGACCAGCGUGGUGGCGAGCACCGUCAUGUCCAACAGCACCAUCGUCCGCCUGCACCUGGACUGCCACCAGCAGGAGAACCUGGCCAACUCCGCCCGCACCCUGGCGCUGCAGUGCGCCAUGAAGGACCCCCAGAACUGUGCCCUCUCCGCUCUGACGCUCUGCGAGAAGGACCACAUUGCCUUCGAGACAGCCUAUCAGAUUGUACUGGACGCGGCCGCCACGGGAAUGAACUACACGCAGCUGUUUACGAUAGCACGCUACAUGGAGCACCGCGGCUAUCCGAUGAGGGCGUACAAGCUAGCAACGUUAGCCAUGACUCACCUGAACCUCAGCUACAACCAAGACACGCACCCGGCCAUCAACGACGUGCUGUGGGCGUGCGCGCUCAGCCACUCGCUGGGGAAAAACGAACUGGCGUCCGUCAUCCCCCUGGUGGUGAAGAGCGUGAAGUGCGCCACCGUCUUGUCGGACAUUUUGCGGCGGUGCACGCUAACGACGCCGGGCAUGGUGGCGCUGCACAGCCGCAGGAACUCUGGGAAGCUGAUGCCGCUGGACAAGGCGCCGCUCAGGCAGCUGCUGGACGCCACGAUCGGGGCGUACAUCAACACCACGCACUCUCGGCUGACGCACAUCAGCCCACGCCACUACAGCGAGUUCAUAGAGUUCCUCAGUAAAGCCAGAGAGACGUUCCUGAUGGCGCACGACGGACACAUCCAGUUCACGCAGUUCAUAGACAACCUGAAACAGAUUUACAAGGGCAAGAAAAAACUCAUGAUGCUCGUAAGAGAGAGAUUUGGUUGAUCAAACAACCAAAAUUGCCCUUUUUUUUUUUAUUUUUUACAUCCUUUCUAACUUGAAGUGAAAAACAACAUUCAUGCAAAUCUUAUUCCUAUGAUUUGUCGCUGAGGGGUCGAAUUUGAUGAUGGAAACCAUUUCCCGAAGGCCAAAUGUAAGACUGUGAUGUGAAAUAUUCCCCUUUUUCACCGUGCAGGAGCAAAAAAGACUAACUGGAAUAAGAUAUGAAACAUGUUUUAGGGGUAAAUUUUCUCCUAAAAACAACAAGUUUGAAAUUGAAGAAGAAAAACACUGUAAACCAUGAAAGUAACAGCUGGUGUUGAUGUGUAUAAAACCAUUAAGUUUUGCAGAAGGAGUCAAUUUGUGAAAGUUUGUGUGUUUCCCUUUAUAUAUGUAUGAAAGCGAGAGAGUAAGAGUUUUACACUGAGUAUAUUAUACUGUAUUGUCCAGUGGCAAAAUGUCCACCUUGCACUCCUCCUACUUCCCUCAGCUAACGUUCAACAGCCUCAAAGGAGAAGACAAACGGCUUUAAACCAAAUGGAGAAACUCCAUCUGAAGUGACAAGUACCUCUUUAAAAAACAAAAACAAAAAAAAAAAGGAUCCAGCUUUACUCUUUCCCCUCUCCAAGUCCUCGCCCAUCUGAUCUGUGAAGAAAGAGAGAAAAAACAUUCACAAUCAGAAAUAAUUUUACUGGGUUUGAUAUGUUUUCAUCUUCAGGCUGAUUGUUUUUGGCUUUGCAGUGUUGUCUCAAACAUUCAGUGUGCUUAUUUUACUGUCACAGAAACACAAAACUGUCUUGUGGAAACUGUCAACAUACAUUCUCAGGGAUUUCUCAAGAAAAAAAAAGGCAGACAAAAACAAAAAGCAUUUUAUUGUCGUGUAUAUAUGAAAGUAUAUGUCUGAAUAUUGAAAAAAAAAAUGUAUAUGUUAACUAAUUUAUGACAGAAUAUUCUAUGUAAGGCACAAUACUUGAAGCUGCAGUACUUUUUGGUUUUUGAAACAAACAAAAAAACAUAUCAGAAGGACUUCAAAAAUGCCUUGCAUUGCAUCAGGGGCCAAUUCAAAGCAGAAACUGGCUGUUUUUUUGGCUCUGCAGACAUGUAAUGAACUGCACAAACCAAGACAGGAAGUGGACAUGCAAAGUGUGUAUUCUCCUGAACACAGAAGUGUAUUGAGGAUUGUAGGAGUGCAGAAAAAGAGACGACUGUGGAGGCAAAGCAGCGAAAAAUACAGCUGUGAUAUUCAAGUGAAAUCUGCCUUCGUGUCUCUUACAGAAAGCUGUUUUCUUCUGACAUCCCGACUUUGUGCAGGACAGAAAGUUGCUCUUUACUGUCGGUCUGGACUGUUUUUUAAAUUAUUAUUUCUUCUCCUCUUCAGUUUAAUUUCUCUCUAGAAUUCCUCACACAAGAACAGCCUUCUUUCUUGCCUUGUCUUAAUGCUUUAAAAUAACCAAAUGGGAGUUCUAACUACCAAACUUUACUCAUACGCCAAUACAACUUUGGUUACAACCUUUUUUUUUUUUUCUUUUUUUUUUUUUAGUGUCGUUAAUUUCUUAGCUGAACUGUAUUCUGUGCUUUAAAAGCUCAAUUUCAUCUGUUUUUCAGUGUCGUCUCUUGUUCGUAGCUCCUUUUUGUUUAGGAAUAUGCUCCCUUUUUAUUUAUUAUGUUAGGUAAAUGAUUGUACAACCAUGUCAACAUGCUCAUGAAGUUGAAACUAAGAUUUGAUACACUGAUCAAUUUAUUUAUGUAACUAAAUCACUGUUUUAUAAACUUGUUAAUGAAUCAACAUUUUGUUUUUAUUAAAUUUGUUUUUUGAGAGGA